AAUUCUACAAUAACACGAAAACAAGGCAAUCUCUCUGUUUGUGUGCGUGUCCACCGUCUAUGAAGAAAACCGAUCUGCCAUUCGAAAAUUAGUUUGGAAUCCUCAAUGGCGGCAAUUAGAACCACCGCCACAGUUCUCGUCAAACAGAUUUGCUGCCCAUCGCCAUCAUUACCUUCCAUUCGCACCUAUUGCAAACUCCUUUCCAACGUCCCGUCCAUUUCCCGUCCAAUCAGCUACGCUCCUAUCCGGUGUGCCCGGGCUAUCGAUUCCGAUGGCAGCAGCGGCGGCAACAGGAAGGCGUCGGCACGGUUGUCUCAGGUUCAACAGCAGUUACAUGAAGCCAUGGAGAGGGCUUCUGGAGGCGAUGAACCUAUUCCCAAGAUUACUCUAGAUCAUGUUUCUGUUAGCUUUGCUAGGAGUGGUGGACCUGGAGGUCAAAAUGUCAACAAAGUAAAUACCAAGGUUGAUAUGAGGUUUAAUGUUAAUGCGGCACAUUGGUUAAGUGACAGGGUUAGAGAGAAAAUCUUACAGAUGGAAAAGAAUCGAAUCAACAAAGAUGGGGAGCUUGUGAUUUCCUCCACAAGGACCAGAACACAGAAGGGUAACAUUGAGGAUGCCUUGGAGAAAUUACAGGCGAUUAUUGAUGCUGCUUCGUAUGUCCCACCACCUCCAUCCGAAGAACAAGUCAAGAAAAUUACCAAAAUAGCGGCUGUAUCAGAGCAGAAACGGCUGCAGAACAAGAAGGUUAUUUCACAGAAAAAAGCAUUCAGAAGAAGCCGAGACAGUUAUGACUGAAACCCGAACAGCAAUACGUUUCAAAGGAUGAAGCAGCAAGCAUCAUAGAUCAUGUAAGUUGGCAUUAAUGUGUUAUAUUUUGUAGAUGAGAAGGAUAGGAUGGAAGUAGGUAAUUUGAUACAUUAAUUGUGCAGUUGGUCAAGUAAAAGCUCUACAUUUGUGAAGUACAUGAUGCCAAGGUAUGAAGAUAGCUACAUAAUAUC